GUUUUAGACUUUUCUUUUUCGCGUAUUACAUGGGAUGGUUGCGGUCAAAUGAGGGGUUGAAUUGUUUCAUAUUUUAUUCCCACCCACUUAUUAGACUUUAGCUUACUUUUACUUACUUCUUCUUCUGUCACUCUCAUCAACACACUUGGUUUGUGUGUUUGUAUAUAGUUGCAAUCUUGCAGUGUCAGUGGUGAACGAAUUCGACAACGACAGAGAGAGAGUAGGGAACUAGUGCAUUCCUUUACUAGACUGGGGAGGACACUCGUUUGUCCUGCGCAUAUACACACACACACACGCAUUCGCACUAGAUAGAAGACUGCAUUCCCCCCCACGUACACACACAGAACACACGCAAUGCCUCCAUCUCAGAGCGUUUACUACAAGGGCUCGGCAGGAGAGCACAAGGUCAACAUUGGUGUUCUCCCUCCACGGACAAGAAAGAGCAAACUGCGGGUUCGCUUUGACAAUUGGAUGGUCAAUGAAGGACCACGGCAAAUCUUUACCGUUCUGUGGAUUGGCAUUCAGAUUGCCUACUUUGCCUACGGUUACUACCAGCUCUGGACGGCUCCCAAUCUAUCGUUUUUUCGCUCCGUCAUCUCACACGGCCUCCCCAUGGCACGUUCCGCUGCAAACGUCAUCAACCUCAAUUGCGCCAUCCUCCUCUUUACCGUCUGCAGAAACUUGAUCUCCAUGGUUCGCACAACCUUUCUAAACAAAUUUGUCCCCUUUGACAAAAACAUUACCUUUCACAUCUUUAUCGCCUGGUGUAUCGUCUUUUGGACCUAUGUCCACAUCGUCGCUCACUACUUCAACUACCUCAACGUGGAAAAAACCCUCGGCGCUCAAAACAUGUCGGCCAUGGAACUCGCUUGGCUCUCGGGUCCCGGUCUCACGGGUCAAGUCAUCACGCUGGCCUUUUUUCUCAUGGUCACCUCGGCCGUCGAAGGUGUCCGCCGCAAGUACUUUGAACAGUUUUGGUUCACCCACCACCUGUUUAUCGUCUUUUUCGGCGGUCUCUUGAUGCACGGUGCAUUCUGCUUUAUCAAGGCGGAUGAUCCCCCGCCAGGUUCGCCCCCCAUCGACAAGUGCCGUGGAGGUGCUACAUUCUGGAAAUGGUGGGUCCUUUCUGGUGUCGCCUACCUCGUCGAGCGCAUUGUGCGCGAAGUCCGUGGAAGACGCAAAACGUACAUUUCCAAAGUCGUCCAACACCCCUCCAAAGUGGUGGAAAUUCAAGUCAAGAAGCCCUCGUGUGUCACAAAGGCCGGACAGUACAUUUUCAUUUGCUGUCCAGAGAUUGGCAACUUUGAAUGGCACCCGUUUACCCUUACGUCGUCCCCCCACGAAGAUUUCGUCUCGAUCCACAUUCGUGUCGUUGGUGAUUGGACCACCAAAUUUGCCAAGCGCUGCGGAUGCCGGUUUGGCGACAAGGACGAGCAAGGCAUGGCCCCUCCCACGUCUCUCCCCCUCGUCAUGAUUGACGGCCCCUACGGUUCUGCCUCUGAGGACGUGUUUGACUAUGAAGCUGCCAUCCUCGUUGGAGCCGGUAUCGGUGUCACGCCCUUUGCCUCCAUCCUCAAGACCAUUUGGUACCGCAUCAACAACCCCAACGGCAUGGUCCGCCUCAGAAAGGUCUACUUUUUCUGGGUCUGUCGUGACAAGGACGCCUUUGAAUGGUUCCAAGACCUUCUCAUGACCCUUGAGGAAGAAAACAUUGACGGUUUCAUUGAAAUCCACACGUACCUCACUGGCGGGCUCAAAAUCGAUGAAGUCAAAAACAUUAUCGUCAAUGAUGAGGAAGGUGUAUCGGAUGCCAUUACGGGAUUACGCUCUCCAACCCACUAUGGGCGACCAAACUGGGAUCAAAUCUUUAAAAUGGUACGGACCAACCACCCUGGCACGGAUGUCGGUGUCUUGUUUUGUGGACCCAAGGUCUUGAGUGGGGCGCUGCACAAGGCGUGUAAUCGGUGGACAGAAGCCACCGAAAAUGGAACACGGUUCUUUUAUGGAAAAGAAAACUUUUAAGGAAACUCGAGAGGCGGUCGGCCACUUUUGCUGGCGCAUUUUUUUUGAAAGGACAAUGGACGCAACAAAAUGUAUAUCACUGUUGGAUAGGAAAAAGAGAAAAAGGGACAAAAAGGACACCAGAGAAAAAAAAAACCUUUCGAAUGUUUUGAGGAAAGGAUGUAGAGAGAGAGAGAGAGAGAGGGAGGGAGAGCUGUUUUGUACAUUAUUUUUUUUUCGUUUGUUCUUUAUGUUCUUUGUUGUCGUCGGAGCCCUUUGUGUGUGUGUUUUUUUGUAUGUUGAGAGAGAUUUCUUUAUGAAAUUGGAAAAAAACAUGUUUGUAUAUUGAUCAAAGC